GCCCGAGCGAGGCUCAGGCUGCCCAGUGCCCUGGACUCAGUACAGUACUGCUCACCCCCAUCUCGCGCAGAGUGUACACUUCACCAACUGUACGCGGCCACGGGGCUCGUACAGUCCACCAUCUACAGAGUAUCACGACCUACACGCUUUCGCCGUUCACUCGUAGCUGGUCUACUCCGAGCACUUACCCAGCACCAUGUCCGACUCAUUCGCUGACCUCUGGAACUCGACGGGCGUAAGCAAACCGGCGGAACAACCGCGCAAACUGGGAUCCCUCACACCGGUCGUGCCUCCAGCGCGAAAUGCGAAGAACGAUGUGUUCUCCAUGCUUGCAUCCCCAGCACUAGGCUCAUCCCCCGCAUCGCGCUCCGGCACACCAGGGGCUACUGGGCCGAUACAGUCUACGCAGUCGCUGGGCACGGGCGGCAUGUCGCCAUUUAUGGGCGCGAAGCCAGUACAAAAGUCCACCAGUUCAGGGGGAGAUGCGUUCAGUGGGCUUUUCCCUGGGUCGCUAGCCUCUGGAUCCACGGCUAACCGCGCGAACAUGACCAUUGCCGAGCGUGCAGCACAAGCUGAGCGCGAGAGGAGGGAACAGAUGCAGCAACAGCAUGCCGCUGCGAAGCAGUCCGCGAAUGCAUGGACAGGACUCGACUCGCUCGGGGAAUUCACCACUGCUAAGCCAUCUACACCUGCUCAGGCGACUGCAGCUCAGGACGACGAUUGGAUUUUUGGCUCGGAGCCCCCAAAACCAUCUGCGUCUGCGACGAAAGCAUCUACGAGCAAAUCACCGCCGCCGCCGAGCGACGACUGGGGGCUCGACGACUUCAUCGCGCAACCUGCAGCACCGAAGCCCGCCUCUGCACAACCACGAGGACAUUCGCUACUAGAUCUAGACGAGUUCAGCCCCAUUCCGACUACUCAAUCAUCUCGGGCUUCCCCCCGGCCUGCGCACGUCCGUUCGAGCACUCCCGGAGACUUUGACUUCGGCGAUCGGGAGGACGGCCUGCUCGAUAACCAGUCCGAUGACGACGACAUACUUGGUGAACUCAGUAAACCAGUAUCUCAGCGCCCACCACCAUUUAAGCAGCCAAGCCGAGCAACUCCGUCACCCCAGUCCGCACCCUCACACUCUGGACGACAGUCCCGCGCAGUGUCUCCGCCUCCUCACAUUCUAGGCAAAAUCGUAGAAAUGGGCUUCUCAGUUGAACAAGCGCGCGUCGCACUUGCAUCCACAGACACGGGACUAGACGUCGAAGCGGCUCUCGAGACGCUACUCGCGAAUGCUGGUGUCGCGGAACCGACACCUCGAGAAUCUGCACGCGCACACAGAUCAGAGCGCGAGCCUGGGUACGAGCGGUACUACGAGUCCGACGAGGAACAAGCCGCGCCCUCCCGCCGGAGACCCGCCCUCGCCUCGCGACCCAGUGCAUCCGGGCGUGCACGCGAGGCGCCCUCGCGGAACGGGGCGUCACCCACAAGCGACGGACAGAAGAACCUACAGGAGCAGGCGGACAAGUUACUCGCGCAGGCGAGCGAGAUCGGGCUGAGCGUGUUCAACCGCGCGAACGCGUUCUGGAAGGAGGGUAAAGAGAAGGCGAUGAAGGCGUACGAGGAGCGCGCCGCAUCCGCUGCGUCCCGCCCGACGGGCACGAGCUCGCCGAGCAGGAAUGGGCGGCCAAAGUGGAUGCAGGAGGCACCGGAAGAGUUUAGGGAUGGAGAGUGGAGGGACGGCCCUGGAGGGUUCGUGGACGACGAUGAGGUGCUCCCGCAGAAGCCUGCGCCUCAGGGCCGGCCUAAGCAGGCAGAAGGGCGCCCAAGGCCUUCUGAGCCUGAGCCAAAGACCGCUACAUCGAGAGUCAAGACGGGUUCCCUCCUCUCGGAUGACGCGCCAGCUGUAUACACCUCGCCGUGGCGACGCAAGACUCCCUCGCGCAGCCACGCACCGACGCCGCCCAGCCAACCUGCUGCCUCGACGUCGAGAGCACAGCCCCCGCCUCGCGCACCAUCUCCCAUCCAGCUCACGCAACGAAAGACAGUGUCCGCGUCACCGGCUGCGAUCGCCGCAUCGGCGAAGCACAAAGCCACCGGCACGGAAAUGUUCAAGCUCGGACGAUACGCAGAAGCAGAGACGUCAUACACCUCCGCCAUCGCCGCUCUCCCUGACGCGCACUUGCUCCUCGUCCCGCUGUACAACAACCGCGCCCUCGCGCGCAUCAAGACGGGCGACCACAACGGCGCGAUCGAGGACGCCACUACCGUCAUCACGCUCGUCGGGCCGUCGUACCACCCCGCGCGCGAAGCGAAGGUCGCGCGGGAGGAUGAAGGCGCGGGGAUCGACCUCGCGGACGCGCUCGUCAAGGCGUUCUGGCGCCGCGCGGAGGCGUACGAGGGCAAGGAGAGGUGGGAGGCCGCGCGCAAGGACUGGGAGACCAUCGCCGGCGCGGACUUUGCGGGUAAGGCGCGGAUGGAGGCGGUCAAGGGCGUCGGGCGCUGCCGCAAGGUGCUCUCCGCGGGCGUGGACGGAGCCGCGGCGGCGUCCGGUUCGACGCCUGCACGCAGCGUGAGGUCGACGCCGAAGCCGCAGACGCGGCCUCGCCCGGCGCCCGCGGUCGUUGUGCCCACAGAGGCGGUUGACCGCGUGCGGGAGGCGAACCAGGCGGCGGAAGCGGAGGCACAGGCCCGGCACGAGCUCAAGGACGUCGUGGAUGCGAAGCUGGCGGCGUGGAAGAACGGGAAGGAGGCGAACAUCCGUGCGCUGAUAGCGAGCCUCGAGACGGUCCUGUGGCCCGAGCUCGGCUGGCAGAAGGUGGGCAUGCACGAGCUAGUAACGCCGAGCCAGGUGAAGAUCAGGUAUACCAAGGCGAUUGCGAAGCUGCAUCCAGAUAAGCUGAGUGCGAAGAACCUGACGCUGGAGCAGAGGAUGAUUGCGAACGGUGUGUUCGGGUCGCUGAACGAUGCUUGGAACGCGUUCAAGCAAUAGACACUAAUUUAUGACGGGCACUGUUGUAUUGUUUGGACUCAAAUAUCAGUGAGUUGUGCACAUCCCUA